AAAGGAGUCGUGCCUCAGGGGCCGUAGAGUGACGCUGGUGGAGGGUGCGUGCCUGAUCUAGCCGCUGCCAGGGGCAGGCGGUACGGCGCACCAUGUACACCAUCACCAAGGGGCCCAGCAAGCUGGUCGCGCAGCGCCGCACAGGUCCCACGCAGCAGCAGGUAGAGAGCAGGCUCGGCGAGCUCCUGAAAUGCCGGCAGCCGGUGCCGCCGACCGCGCUACACACGCGCGAGCAGCCCUCGGUGCAGCCUCAGGGACCCUGGCCCCUGGCAAGUCCAGGGCCGAGGCUUGUGUUCAAUCGAGUGAAUGGCCGGCGGCCCCUCACCACAUCUCCAUCCCUCGAGGGAGCCCAAGAGAUCUACACACUGGCCCACGAGGAGAACGUCCGAUUUGUGUCCGAAGCCUGGCAGCAGGUAGAGCGACAGCUGGAUGGCGGCCCUGCCGAUGAGAGCGGCCCACGGCCUGUGCAGUAUGUAGAGAACACUCCUGAUCCCCGGCUGCAGAGUGAGCCUUCCCCCACGCCCUGUAUCCCCACAAGUCCCCUGACUCGACCUCUCCACCAGGUUCUAGCCCUAGCGGGUUGGGGAGGGAAGACUUGGGCCAGACUCCCCCAUUUUCCAUCGAGUGCUAUGCUUGGAAUCCAAGGUAGAUGCUGUGGUCGGCUGGAGGGCAGAGGUACCAGCCGGCUUAGAAAACAGCACCACUGCCCAGCCUUUCUUCUACCCACAGACUUUGUACCUAUUGACCUGGAUGAGUGGUGGGCACAACAGUUCCUGGCUAGGAUCACCAACUGUUCCUAACACCUGUUCAGGAAGGAAUGCUGCCAUAGUGGACCCUUUACCCAAAGAGGACCAUGGUACGCUGGUCCACCUUGUGGCCUGGCUGGGUACUGGCCACACCUGAAGUGCCAACAUUUGGACUUUUUCACCUGUCGUUCCUUUGGCUUGGCUGUCUCAAGCUGCCAGAGCCAGAGGCCAAACCUGUCUAACCUCAGUCCUGCUCACUGUGCCCAGGGACCAGCCCCUGGGGCUGGCAGGGAGGAGCCCAGGCUAAUAAAGUUGAAAA